AUUUGGCCUUCACCGGAGUCUUUUCCCUCGCUCUCUCUCUGCGACGGCACCUUAUACUGUAUUCUAUAUUCUCGAGAGAGACAUUGAAUUCCUAUCUUACAUUCUUCAACAUAUAUUCUCCUUCAGUCCAUCCCCGCGUGUUCAUGCCUUCUUCUCGCUUCUCUCACUCGUUUUCAUGACUCACCAUCAGACAUUCUUUGUCUCCAACUUUUAAUUUGUUGUUGAAUUUUGUCCCCUCACCCCCUCCCCGUUUUUAUUUUGGAAUUUUGUCUGAUUUUCCGGAAACUUCUCUGUCCAUUUUGAGCUUUCCCAACGAUUGACAGGAAAUUUUGUAAGCUGUCAAAACACCUGUGGAAAAAGAGUAAGAUCGAAAGGCUACUAGUCUUUUUCGAGAUACAAUUUUGUUUUUAAUUUUAAAUUCUGGGUAUCGUUAAAGUCAGCAAAGGAUUGAACUUUGGUGUCUGGGUAUUUCUAAGAAUCUGAUUAUCGGUUCAGAAGAGAAGUUCAGUAGAGUUCUUGAUAUGGGUGAGAAUUCUAAUAGCCUUGAUGAAUGGAGGGUGUAUUUUAAGAGUGCCAAUGCGGAUAUAUUCGAUAUAAUCGAGCACGCUAUUACAGUGGCAGCCCUAGACAAGCCCAAUGAGCUGACAUUGAAUAGAGCUCGAAUUGCUGAGAAGCUUUUCACAUGUAAAACAACCACCUUGUGCUCCACCUGCAGAAAUGUCGAGCUGGUUUUACGGCCUGAUGAUUCCCAAACCAUGUCCCAAACCACUGAACUCACCAAGCUAGUGGAGACUGAUAAGAGCAAAGAGAGAAAAAUGAAUGAUGAUCGUUUGGAUAUGGAGCUCAAUGCCAGCAACCAGAUCAGCAAUGGCAGCUGCUAUGCAGAUGCUGAGGCUUUGAGUGAUGAGAUUGAGGAGAUUUCUAAGACUGUUAAUGAGGUCUUGAGGAUCAAGCAGAUCAUCGAUAACCAUCAAGAAGAGCCUGAUUACUUGGUGAUUGAUUCCCUUAGAAGACUUCAAUUGAUGGCUUUGUCUGUGGAGAUUCUGAAGGUCACAAAUAUUGGAAAGUCUGUAAAUGCUAUCCGGAAGCACAAAUCUGAUCAAAUUAAGCAUGUUGCACAGGCAUUGAUUGGAGCUUGGAAGGAAAAGGCGGAUGAAUGGGUCCUUGCCACAGAAGCUUUGACAGAAUGUAUGGAAGGUAAACAACACACUCCCGAGUCAGGGAAAGAAAAAGCUUCAGCAGUGGAAGAAGUGGAAGAAGAAGAGGAAGGGCUACCAUCUCCGCCAAUGGAUGAGGGAGCUUUCUUUACUACUAGUACAAUGGACCUUUCAGGGAUCUUUGAUGACUUAGAUGAAGAUGGAAAUCUUCGAAACAGCGAGGAGUUCUACAAGAAGUGUGAGAGUGUUAGAAAGCAGCCAAAGAGACAAGAAGCUGCUUUGCAUAAACCAUCAACUGCUUUUUCUCAAGAGAGGCAUACUAAACCACAAAAGGAAGAUGAGGCUGUUAUGAAGAAAUCAGCCACUUCUGCUUCUCAAGAAAGGCAUGCUCAGAAACCCAAGGCAGAAGAGGCUGUAAUGAAGAAACCUGCAGUAAUUUCUGCUUCUGAAGAUUGGUUUACUCCACUGCCAAAGGAAAAGGAAUCCACAAUUAAGAAGCCAACCACUAGCAGACCAAACAAGCCUUCUGCUAAUGGCUCUGGCUCACAAAGACUGGUAAAACCAACUGUGGAACAUAAGGCUACUAUUACCAAGAGGCCCGCUGUUUCUCAACAAAGUAAGGUGAAGUGUCCAGAUGAGGACUCACUUCAAGCAAGACUGGAAGUGGCGAAGAGGAAACUUAAAGAACGUUAUGAGUCUGUCGAAUAUGCGAAGAGGCAGAGGACAACUCAGUUUGUGCAGAUACAUGACAUUCCCAAGCGGGGUCUAGGGAACAAAAAUGCCUAUGUGAAACCAGGAUAUUGCAACAAGCAAUGAUGAUGCCUCCUUGAGCAGACAUGUUUGGCAAACUUUUUAUUUGUAAAGAACAUUGUCUAGUUAAUCUCAUAGAAAUAGCCUCCAUUUAGGUUUCGAAGCAGAGAGGGUUGAUGUGCAUCUGGUAUGAACUUCUUUUGUACCAUUAGGGCCUUUUGUUUAUCAUACAUUUUUGACUUGUCAUAAAUGGGUCUUGAGUGAUGUUUUUACCUAUGUACAUCAACAAUUGUAGACCUUUUAUAGAAAGCAUUUCAAUAUAAUGCAACCCAAAGUUUUGAC